CAAACAGUCCGACCUCACGCGCGCACCCAUCCACGAGGAGCUGGUAUUGAAUCUGUCAAUCUUGAAGCUUUCUGUUCGUAUGCAUAUGCCCGGAGGAUUACCUCGAAUAGGCGUCAAAUCAGAUCCAUCUCUGGAACACCGCUUCGCCAUCAUCACCGAUAUCAUGAAUUCGGUGCAUACAAACAUGAACCCCAUCACAUGCACGUAUCGUGCGAGUGCAUGAAUUCCUACAACAUCAAGCUCUCUCUCUCUUACGGUAUAGGCUCGAUGCUUCGUCUACGCUGCCAUCGAUAUCUUGCUGGCUAAAAAAGCCACGAUAGGCAUGAAACAACGGCUAAGGCAUGACGCGCCAUCGCGCCGUUUUCCCCCACAUCCACCUCCACCAGCCAGACAGACUUACACUCACCACUACGUAAAGCCCCUACGUAUGCCUAUCCAUUGACCUGUUCAAUCGCCCUCAACCAUGCCAUCUCCAGGCUUCGCUCUGCGUAUCUGGUCUCUCCGCUCGCUACCCAAGCAGUUAACGCAUGAAGUACAAGGAAGCACAUGACGGAUAGCAACGCAAGGGCGGAUUUCAUCCCUUUUCUCGACCGCACUCGAAAACGGCAACGAAUCAUGCGCUGACAUCCUUCUCCGUACCUGCGUCUUCCAACAGCCCCCAUCUCACGCCACGACUCUCCUCGCUAACUUUCAGCUUCGUGUACUCUAACCAGACGUCGACUGAGUCCUGUGUCAUAUUCCCACAGAACAGAACAGAUCAAAGCGCGCACAAUAAUCUUCCGUACCAUGCAUCUUCCAAUCAGCGACUGCUCUCCACCAGCAACUUUGAUGUUUCGAAUACUGUCUCGAGGCGUGCAUUCCGCGGCGGCGCGGGUUCAUCCACGACAUGCAAAAAGCCGUCAGCCUCACAUAUCCCGAAUACGGUAUCCAUACCAUUGGCUCUCCCCUAUUCCUGGCCCCAUUCCGCUCGACACCGCAUCCUCUCUCUCUCCACGGACAACCAGCUGCUCUGGCCCAACCAAAGCUCGAAUCCACCAUGUCAGCUCCCCCUGCACUAGCCCGGACUUUGGUGGUGGCUCGUGCCCAAUCGAUCGUUCCUUUUGUCGUCCGCCCGUAACUCACUCUCACCGCAACCGACUUUUUUUUCAUGUUUGUAAACUUUUAUCCUGUUUCUAGAAUCUUCUCAUCUUCGCUGUUCCUCUUCAUCCCCAUCUGUCUUCCUACGAGCCAGGAAUUGGGAUUGGGCUCCACCAUCUCUCCUCUACUCAGUGACACAAUAUGUGUGCCUUGACAACACUAUCGCUGCGUACAUACAUACUCGUUAACAGGCCAUUAGUGACCUCUUCCUCCCCCACUUCCCAACUACAGCUCCCGCUUGAUGUUCACAAAUGCAAUUGCGCCCCCCGUUGCCAGAUGCCGUUCCAGUCCAAUCUAGUCUCCCGCCCCUAGCAUCGCUACCACUACAAUCUCACUCCUAGCCCCGGGCUUGUCAAAAGCUUGUAGAUAAAACCCAGCUCGCCCGCCUUGUUCAACCUAAAAUAACGAGACGAAAAAUGAACCCGUUGGUAGGUUGGAAAGUCAUUAACAAUCUGUGGAACGUUGUUGUACAUCACCUUCGAUUUGGUGAUAUCGCUUCUAGUGAAUUCACAAUACCACUGACUAGUUUUACGGUCUGGGCACAGAGGAAACAACAUGCUCUAAACAUUGGUAUUUCUCUCGAAAAAAGCCGUCACAAUGCUGCACUGAUUUGUACUAUGCUCUGUAGAGACAAAACAUGCAUGAUGAGACAAGCAUGGAAGUUCAAGACUACGCUUCAGCCUUGUAGUGCGCACAUCUAGACAUGCCCGAUUAUAUCUCUUCUAGGUUUAUAGAGCUCGUUGCUGUUUUGCUGUUGCUGCUGAAGCAAGCGAUUAGUCGCGUUUGGAUUUGAGAACAUUCAAAAGUACAUAUGAGGAGACUUCUAAUUGCUGUUGCAACCUUUAAAUUACCGCAGUGUUCCGCGAUUAAUUGAUUGUACAAAUACAAAAGUAAGCACCGGUUUGAGAGAAGUAUUGCACAUUGUUACUGCAUGUAAUUUUUUAAUUAGGAAGGUGCGUGCCGGGUAUAUGUUGAUUGAGCUGUGAUUUUUAUUUUUCGCAGCAUCGAAUAACAUGUCAGAGUGAUGAUGGUUCGAAGAAUGCUCGUCAUAGUAAGAAUAGUAUAGAAGUGUUCGAAGACAUU